AUGGCUGUAGUCAUCCGUUUACUGGGGCUUCCUUUUAAUGCGGGCCCUUCAGAUGUUCGUCACUUCUUCAAGGGAUUGACUAUUCCUGAUGGAGGAGUGCAUAUAAUUGGAGGGGAAAUUGGGGAGGCAUUUAUUAUUUUUGCUACAGAUGAAGAUGCAAGACGUGCUGUAAGUCGUUCAGGAGGACUUAUCAAGGAUUGCAAUGUGGAGCUCUUUCUUAGUAGCAAGGCAGAAAUGCAGAAAACUAUAGAAAUAAAAAGAACUGACCGCGCACGUAGAGAGCGACCAGAAUCUCGGGCAUCAGGGGCUGGCAGCCUGUCUCGUUUUGUUGGACCUGUUAAGGAAGAAGCUAGUAAUUCUGAAUAUCAAGAUGCUGAGUUUCCUACUAAUAGUACAGGACGUGAUGAUUUAAACCAAAGAAGGUCACGGCCAACAAGAGCCAAAAAUCCUUACUUAUUUUUACGAGGUUUGCCUUACUUAGUAAAUGAACGUGAUAUUCGUAUUUUUUUUUCUGGUUUGUGUGUGGAUGAAGUAAUUUUCUUAAAACGUCCUGAUGGCCGAAAUAAUGGUGACGCUUUAGUAAAAUUUGCUUCAUGUGUUGAUGCAUCUGGAGGUCUUAAAUGCCAUAGAAGUUUUAUAGGUUCAAGAUUUAUAGAAGUAAUGCAAAGCUCAGUUGUACAGUGGGUUCAGUUUGGUGGUAAGGCAGAUGAUGUUCCUGUGAGAACUGAAGAACAUUCUCCAUCAAGAGGAAUUAAUGAUAAGCAUCUCCGAAAACGGUCUCGUUCAAGAUCUCCCAGAAGAACACGUUCUCGGUCUCCUGUUGGACAUUAUGUUCAUUUGAGAAACCUAUCUCUAGGUAUUUCCAAAAAAGAUUUAAGAAAUUUCUUUAAAGGGACUGAUCUGAGUAAUGAACAGAUUACGUUUUUAUAUAAAGAGGAUAGAAGAACACGCUAUGCCUUGGUGAUGUUCAAGACUAUGAAAGACUUUUAUACUGCUUUGGCUUUGCAUAAGACUGUUAUACAGUAUCGUCCAGUUCAUAUUGAUCCAAUUUCUAGGAAAAAAAUGCAGCAGUUGAUGGAAUACUAUGAAACGAUAAGAUCAGAGUCAGUAGAAAAAGAGAGUCCUGAACAUACUCCACAAACAUAUUCUCAAGAAUUCACUGGCCAAAAAUUGUGUAUAUAUAUAAGAAAUUUUCCAUUUGAUGUAACAAAAGUGGAAGUGCAGAAAUUCUUUGCAGACUUUUCUCUGACGGAAGAUGAUAUUUACUUGCUUUAUGAUGACAAGGGUGUAGGCUUAGGAGAAGCAUUGGUGAAAUUUCGUUCAGAAGAAGAAGCCAUGAAAGCUGAGCGCUUAAACCGACGAAGAUUUUUGGGGACAGAGGUAUUGUUAAGGCUUAUAUCUCAGGCACAAAUGCAAGAGUUUGGUAUAAAUUUUUCCUUGGGGUCCAAUGAGAAUAUGCAAGAUGGGUCACAGUCACAUGAUAGAGAUGAGCAUUCCACUUCAUUUGACUCAAAAGAGCCACCAGUAUACUCUGCCAGUACUUCUGAAAACUUUAGACAACAGCUUGAGGACGUGAGAAAACCAGACAGUUUCAGGCAUUCACAGGGAGAUUUUAAGCCUGAGAGACACCCCCCAGAGGACUUCAGGCGCCCUCGAGAGGAGCAUUUCAGGCGACACCCUGAGGAUGAUGUCAGACACUCUAGGGAGGAGGAAUGGAGACGCCCUCCCAAGGAAGAUUUCAGGCGUCCCCCCAAGGAAGAUUGGAGGCAGCCACCCAAGGAAGACUGGAGGCAGCACCCCAAGGAAGACUGGAGGCAGCACCCCAAGGAAGACUGGAGGCAGCACCCCAAGGAAGACUGGAGGCAGCACCCCAAGGAAGACUGGAGGCAGCCCCCUGAGGAGGACUGGAGGCGGCCCCCUGAGGAGGACUGGAGGCGGCCCCCUGAGGAGGACUGGAGGGGGCCACGUGAAGAGGACUGGAGGGGGCCACACGAGGAGGACUUCAGGCAGCCUCCUGAGGAGGAGUACAGGCAUUCUCCUGAAGAAGAUUUUAGGCGAUCACCCCAGGAUCAUUUCCGGCGGCCACCCCAGGAUCAUUUCCGGCGGCCACCCCAGGAGCAUUUCAGACGUCCUCCCCAGGAGCAUUCCCGGAGAACACCUCAGGAGUACUCCCGGCGACCACCUCCGGAGCAUUUCAGGCGACCACCCCAAGAGCAUUUCAGGCACCCUCGAGAGGAAGGUAUCAGGCACCCAGCAGAUGAAGAUUUCAGGGGCUCUCUUGAUGAAGACUUUAGACACCCUCCAGAUGAGGACUUUAGACACCCUCCUGAUGAGGACUUCAGGCAGCUCCCCGAGGAGGACCUUAGGGGAGUUAUGGAGGAAGACCCCAGACUUGCUGAUAAUUUUAGACCACCUGGUGAGGAGUUCAGGAGCCCACCUGAUGACUUUAGAAGUCAUCGCCCUUUUGUCAAUUUUGGUCGCCCCGAAGGUAGCAAAUUUGAUUUUGGAAAGCGUAAUAUGGGUGCUUUUCCUGAGGGGAGAUUUAUGCCAGAUUCAAAAGUAAAUUGUGGUUCAGAUAGAGUUACUUCUAUUAAGAUAAUGAACCUUCCAUUUAAAGCUAAUGUUAAUGAAAUUUUAGACUUUUUUCAUGGUUAUAAAGUCAUACCAGAUUCCGUUUCAAUACAGUUUAAUGAGAAAGGAUUACCUAUUGGGGAAGCCAUUGUUACUUUGGUAAACUAUAAUGAAGCUAUGGCUGCUAUUAAAGAUCUAAAUGAUAGGCCAGUUGGUCCACGGAAAGUUAAGUUGGUUUUGCUCUAG